GUGCUUCCAGCUGUUUGGGGGAAUCAUGGUGUCUGGACCUAUGGUCUGAACUGAAGGAUCCUCCCUACAGCCUGUGAGAUCACCACACUUUUAAUUAGACCGGACCUGCCAAUAACAGGGAAGUCGGCCGGUCUCUCAGCCCUUUAAAAACAGCCGGAGUCGGAACUUCAGCACCAGACGGACAGACAGAGGCUCAUAAAAGUUUUAGAUUUACAUGAAGAUGUCGUCCACGGCACUUUGUGCUGUCAUUUUUCUGGCUUGUGCCUUGACAUUCAGUGCUGCUCAAACGAGCUGCAAAGGACGAUGUGGUGCUGAGUACUACAGGGGCUACAUGUGCCAGUGUGAUUAUAACUGCCUAUCUUAUGGAGAGUGCUGCAGAGACUAUGAAUCUCAAUGCACCACAAAAAACUCGUGUAAAGGUCGAUGUGGAGAAGCCUUCAGGAGAGGCCGUCUGUGUAGCUGUGACUCUGAGUGCAUCAACUACAAGCAGUGUUGUCCAGAUUACAAGACCCACUGUGAUGCAGAGGAGGAAAUCAAUGGAGCAGACAGUGCAGCAGCACCAGUGAAGACUAAUUCAUGUGAUAAUGUAAACAAUAACAAACCCAAAGAGCCAACUCUGACUGAAGCAGCAGAGCAACCUUAUUCAUUCAGCGAAGGAAACGAUGCAGAUACAUACAGCCAGAAUGAUGAAUUUUCCAACAAUGGACCAGAGGCAAGUCCAGUUCCUGAGGGCACCAGUGACUAUGGAUCGUCCACAGCUGACCUGCUGGAUCAAGUUUCUACUGAACCCACCCUGGAGCCAGAACCUCCGGAGUUCAGUACAGAGACAGUUACAGUCAUUUCUCAGACAGAAACGACUCCCUCAGACAAUGAACCAACGCAGGCUGACGACAGCCCUUCCACCCCUUACAUGUCAAGUGGAGAAGCCCCCACAGAAAGCAUAGAUGCUGGUGAUCCCAUCAGCUCAACCUACCCAGGAACAGCUCUCCCUCAGCCCACAGCAGCAGCAGACCACGUCUCCAGCCAGACUACUCCAACCUUAGAACCCCAAACAGGGAUUUCUCCUACAGCCACCACUCCAGAGUUGGGGCAGACAGAAGGACAAGUGAUACUACAACCUGAGGAUGACACUGUUCCUGAGGCCCCAAAGACAGACCCAACUGAAGCCUCCUCUGAUAAGCCAGAGGUCACAGCCUUACCCUUAAACACAGUGGCAUCUACAGGACUCACACAGGAUUACACAGUCCUGGAAAUUUCUGAGGUCACCACCAUCCCUGCCUCAUCAACAGUGGACCUGACACCCAUCCCAGAUGCGACCACCGAACCAGACGACACUGAGAGCAACUCUGAGGAUGCCACAGCAGGUCCUCCCACUGUUCUAGCAGAUGUUCAAGAUCCGUCCACCACGGUUUCUCCAGUGGGGCCUGGGAACUUGUCAGACCUUGAUGCCCUGACGACCCACAUUCCCUCACCCACAGCUGCAGAGCAGGAUGAUACUAUAGAUGAUGUUACACCACAAGUAUCCACCACAAGCGAUCCAUUAAAUGUCACCCCAGACCCGACCAAACCCCAACCAUCUGAAGCCUCUUCAAAACCCCAGGACAAACCUGACCCAUACAAGCCAUCUCCACCUAAACCAACUCUGUCUAAACCCACAUCCAAGCCCGAGACUAAGCCUGUGGACACUGCACAAACUCUGUACAUAGACGAUCCAAGAGACUACCAGGCGGAUGACAGCAACGAUACAAACCUGUGUAGUGGGCGGCCGGUCAGUGCAGUUACAACACUGAGGAAUGGCACAAUUGUGGUAUUCAGAGGACACUACUUCUGGUUCCUGGACAGAAAUAGGGUGCCAGGUCCUGCCCGAGGCAUUACACAAGUGUGGGGCGUUCCUUCCCCCAUUGACACUGUGUUCACCCGCUGCAACUGCCAGGGCAAAACAUACAUUUUCAAGGGAAGCCAGUACUGGAGAUUUGAAAAUGAUGUUUUGGACCCUGGCUAUCCUAAAGUCAUUGUAACAGGCUUUGAUGGGCUUCGGGGCCACAUCACAGCUGCUCUGUCUGUGCCUCAGUACCAGAGGAGGAAAGAAUCAGUCUACUUCUUCAAGAGAGGGGGAUUAGUCCAGAAAUAUUCAUACCAGUAUGGCACCAGUCCAUCAUGUGGCAAGAAAGGAGAGUACGCCAUUUAUACUGUCCGCAACAGGAUGGCCCGACAAGCAGUGUCUCUUCUAGACCCAGCCAUCAACAUUCGGACGUCCUGGAGAGGUUUCCCCUCAACCAUCACAGCUGCUGUGUCUGUCCCCAACAACAGAGAACCAGAAGGAUACAAAUACUACGUCUUCUCACGAUCCAAAUCCUACAACGUGAGGAUGGAUGGUGAGCGCCCUGUCAUUGCUGCUCCUAAAGCCAACGUGUCACCUCAGAGCAACGACUUCUUCAAAUGCCCUCAGAAAGUCUAACUGAAUUCUUUCACACCAAUUUUCUUAAA